AUGGCAGGUCGCAGAGCUGCAGUCAAGGCAGUGGACUGGGUGGCAUUUGCAGAAAGAAUUCCUUCAAAUCAGAAACCUAUGUUUAAUGCACUGAAGACCCGCAGUGAUACCUUGGCUUCAAAGUUGUCGUCUCUGCCUGUCAAACCACCAACAAUUGACUGGGCCUAUUACCGAACCGCAAUUGUCAAGGCAGGUCUAGUGGAUGAGUUUGAGAAGAAGUUUAAUGCUCUUGCCAUCCCAGAGCCUAAAGAUACUCAGACUGAAAAGAUAAAUGUCCAGGAACAAGAAGCUAACAAAUCUGCUUUAACAUUCAUUGAGGAAUCCAAAAGCAGGGUGACUGUAUAUGAGAAAGAGCUUGCAAAGUAUAAGAACAUGAUUCCAAUUGAACAGAUGACAUUUGAUGAUGUAGGGGAAGCUUUCCCUGAAGCCAAACUGGAUAAAGAGAAAUAUCCCUACUGGCCACACAAGCCCGUUGGUGAACUUUAA